CCUCUACAUGUCAGCUGAUGACGGCGGGCCGGGUGUGCGGAAAGGUGUGCAUGUGCGGCAGCAAGAAACGCAAGCCUAGUGUGUGACUAGUAUUUGAAUGAAUAUCCACCAGUUCAGCUGAAAAGUUUGCCUGUCGGUUAUUUAAACCACACACUUGGGGAAGUCUGACGAAUAGCCACAGAUAUUCUUGGGAUAUCAAAAUGGGAGAGGAAAACCACACACAGACUGCUAGUAACGGGGAGGUUGUUUCGGAAAGCAAUGUGAAGUACUACACAAUUGAAGAAAUAAAAUUGCACAACAUGAGUAAGGACACUUGGCUUAUUAUCCACGAUAAAGUUUACGACAUCACAAGUUUCCUGGAGGAGCACCCAGGUGGAGAGGAGGUCUUGCUGGAGCAAGCGGGUGCGGAUGCCACAGAAAGCUUUGAAGAUGUCGGCCAUUCCACAGAUGCCAGGGAGAUGCUGGAGCAGUACCUGAUCGGCGAGCUGCACAUGGAUGAUCGCAAACAGGAAUGUAAAACGGAUGUAUUCAAUUCAACUUCAGGAGGAGAGUCCAGCGUGUGGACCGCGUGGUUGGUGCCUGCCCUGGCCGCUGUCGUUGUAGGCCUGAUGUACCGUUACUACACCCUGGAGCACCAGUCUUCCUAAAGGCUCCAAGGGCCUUAACAUGACUGAAAUCAACCGCAAUGCUAACAUCAUCAGACCGCAGAGCUGCUGAUCUUCUGAUCCCUCACCGUGCUGGUGAGGGCUGGGGACAAGGACAAACUGGACAUCCACCCACAUCCCCCUCCCCCUUCCCCGCCCACCAUGGGGGAGGUAGUGCGACCCGUCUCCUCUUCCUGCUUGGCCUGUUUGUUUCCAUGGUGACCACCGUACUGAAUCACAUCGGGUGCGGUUGGUCCGGAAGCAGUCUCCGUGGGUAUCCUGUUCCUAACGACCAUUAGCAUCUGCUGUGUUUCUGGAACUGGUUCAUCAACUCAGGGCUGGAGUUGACAGACUUGUUGGUCUUCAUUUCUGGAACUGGUUCAGCAAAACUCAGGGCUGGAGUUGUCAGACUUGUUGGUCUUAAUUUCUGGAUGGCCAGGAGGAGGACUAAAUCUGGAAUCGCAAGUUGUGUGCAUAAAGGAAAAUGCAUAUUUGUCAAUGUGUUGAUCUUUGUAUUGUGAGGUGCAUCAUAUAUAUUUUAUUUCCACUCCCUCUUAAUAUAGCCCUUCAUUGCAAGUUUUCAGUCUGCUAAGCACUUGGGCCUUGCAUACAGCUGCUAGUGUGUUUCAUGUUAAAAUAAUGACCUUGUUUUGCAAUUAGAAAUAAGGUGUGAUAAAGUAAAAACUCUGCCAUUCAGUCAAAAUCUCGUUCCUGCCUUGGAAUUUCAGCCAAUCCAAUACAACUUCUGAUGUCUUGUUGAAAUCAUGUUUCACAUUCCACAGACAUGUAUUAUGUCUUGCAUGUGUGUUGGAGGAGUCCUUUAAGUUUGUUUCUUGUAUUGUUCAGGAUGUUAUGGUCUAAAUGUUUAAUUAUGACAGUUUCCCCAUUUCACUGUUGCGUAUGCAUUUUAACUUGACUUACAGAAAACAUUACAUUUGUACAGAGUCCCUGAGAGAACAUACUGUUGCCUUGGGUUUGUAUAUUUCAGUGUGUGUGGGGUUAAAGGUGCAUUAAAAGUAUGUUUUACUUAA